UUCUAACAUUUUAUAAAUUUUACAAAGUUUUUUCAAAUUUAAAUUAUGAAAACUAUCACUGGAAAGUUUCCUCAAAGUUGUCUGAAUGUCUAUUUCGGACGAGUUGAUUGCUUGGAAGAUUAAUAUUUAGAGUUAUAAAAUACUGAGAUACGUAAGUCUCUGUUUUGUGAAUCGAAAACUUCACAUCAAAGAUCAGUUUCAGGAUUUUCAAAAUUAAUCCUCGGAAUUCGAUUAAUUUCUCAAUCUUUCAUACAUUUUCAUUCAAGUUACAUUACGAGUAGCCAAUCCUCGAGCCUCAAUAAAUCCACCAAUCAUCGCUCAAGAUCGGACUUACCUGUGCAUUGAAAAUAAGCCCUACAUGAAGACCUACACCUUCUGCACUCAAUCUCCUUCCUUCUUUUCUCUCGGAUCUCUUUUAUCCCUUCACAUAUGAAAUAUAUACAGGUAAAUAAAGCUAAAACAAACAGACUCGCUGAAACGCUCGUAAGGCGCUCAAACUUGCAAAAGGAAGGGAAAGAGAACGGACAAGCAGCGGAGAGGUUAGAGGGCAAAAGCAACGGUAAUGCGCUUGUCGAUUCUCACGGCGCGACGUCGCAGGAACAACUUCCGUGGAAAGCCGCCUUCAUGCCGUACGUAGAACGACCUGUCAGUACAACAGCUUUCACGUCGGCGGUGCAUGGUCGCGAGGCUUACGGCUCCUAGGAUCCGCGAGUGUAUCGUAAUUCCGGCUACGCAUUAUUGCGGUAACGAGGAUCCCGUUUACGCGCCGCGAUUCCGCGCCCGCCCGCCUGGCCGCCGUUGGACCCGUCGGCGAGACAACACGCGCAGGGCACGCGCUCUCGAUGAGAACCAGCCGCCGUAAUGAGAACUGAUCGUCGCCGUCACCGUCGCCGCCACCACCACCAUCGAGCUCUCACGGUCGUCGUCGUUCAGCCCACACGCACGUCGCCCGUCCGCGUCCCUACGCCGUCGUCGCGGUGCGACCCGUGAGGACGAUGCCCCGCGUCGCGGCGCAGCGUCGAUAGUGCGUGGCGUCUCUCCCUCGAUCGGCAACGACAAGCACACCGUCUCGAAGCGGUUGUUUGGUUCGUGCAUUCCGCGCGAAGGAGUACAGACUGGAAGAAGAGAGAUAGAGAAGAGGAUAGACAGACAGACAGAUAGAGAGAGAGAGAGAAAAAGUCUUGGCGACAGACCGACGUGCGUCGUCCAUCGCGUGGGACACCUCGCAGUCUAGAAGUUCACGUUCCGCAGCGGAGACGAAUAAGUGAACGUUAUUGGUAUCUUUGUUCUUAAAGCGCCGCGCCAAGCCGAGCACACUAUUGACAAUGAGGCAGGACACCUUAAUCUCGGAGCAUCCGAUAGUCACUGAUAAAGUUUCCUCCGAGAGCGAAGAGAUGGAGAGUUCCGACGAGCCGACCAGCCUGCAGUCCAUAUGUCACCUCCACGCCUCGGAGCUGUUCCCCAAGCACACGCACUUCGAGUGCGAGGACGAGACGCUGACGAUCCCGUUCACGCCGCUGAGCGGGGAAUCGGUCGUCGCGCUGGGACGGACGACGGAGGGUGUCCUGGCGCUCUCGAAUUACAGGCUCUACCUGCAGCUGAGCCAGACCUGUUACAACAUACCUCUCGGUCUCAUCGAGCAACUGGAGGUCAAGGAGAUUUUCUACUUGCACAUUGGAUGCAAAGACGCACGUUCUUUAAGUUGCGCAUUUACCACUAACGAGCACUGUUUGGAGUGGUUCAAACGAUUACACAAAGUGACCUACCCGCGUAAGAGCAUAGAGGAUAUAUUUGCAUUCGCGUACUAUGCCUGGUCCGUAGAAGAGGGCAAGGACUAUCCUAGGCUCGGAAAAGAUAAUAGUUCUUAUAUUACUACAUUUAAUUCAGAGGUUGAGCGAUUAAAGUUCAAUUUACACGGCACGUGGCGCAUAAGCCAGAUAAACAAGGACUACCGGAUGUGUCCAUCCUACCCGCCGCAGCUCCUAGUUCCUGCUUGCAUUUCCGACAAGAUCCUCGAGUUCGUUGCCAAAUUUAGAAGCUCUAGGCGAAUUCCAGCUAUCGUUUGGAGACACGUCAAUAACGGCGCCGUGAUAGCUCGCAGCAGCCAGCCGGAAGUCGGCUGGCUCGGUUGGAGAAGUUCAGAGGAUGAGGACCUCCUGAAGGCUCUCGCAGACGCGUGCAGUUAUGAUAAGGGCGAAUCUACGAUGGUAGAUUCGCCCAUUACGUAUUCCGACGCUGGUGAUGACGCUAUCACACCGAGCGCUGCCAAGAAAGUUUUAAUCGUCGAUGCCAGAUCGUAUACAACGGCCGUGGCGAAUCGGGCGCGCGGCGGCGGCUGCGAAUGUCCCGAGUAUUACCCGAGUUGCGAUAUACAGUUUAUGAAUCUGCCAAACAUUCACUCGAUACGAAAGAGCUUUCACGCGGUCAGGCAGCUUUGCGCGUCGGAGGCUGAUCAACCGAAUUGGCUAAGUUUGCUGGAGGGGACGCGAUGGCUGCAGCACAUGUCGGGUCUGUUGCGAGCAGCGGUCACCGUGGCAUCCGCGAUCGAGAGGGACGGUCGACCAGUAUUGGUGCACUGCAGUGACGGCUGGGAUCGAACGCCUCAGAUUGUCGCGUUGGCACAGAUACUACUUGAUCCGUACUACCGCACUAUGGAGGGAUUCCAAGUUUUGGUCGAGAGAGAAUGGUUAGACUUCGGACACAAGUUUGCGGACCGGUGUGGCCAGACGAUCGGCUGCGACGAUCCAAACGAGCGCUGCCCGGUAUUCCUCCAGUGGCUCGACUGCGUCCAUCAGCUUAUCCUGCAGUUUCAAUGUAGUUUCCAAAUGUCGCCAGCGUACCUCGUAAAACUGGCCCAGCAUACGUACUCACAGCUGUUCGGUACAUUCUUGUGCAACACCAGGCAGGAGAGGCUACAACUGAGAAUACGCGAGCGCACGUAUUCCGUCUGGCGUUUCCUCAAUUCGGCCGCCUUUGUAAAUCAUCUGUACUCGCCGUUGAAGAAUCAAGUAUUAUGGCCAAGUUGCAAUGUACGCGAUCUUGUCUUGUGGUCCGAAGUGUAUCUAGGCUCGAUGGAGUCGUCGCUCGGCAUGAGGGACGACAAGCAACGAGUCGCGAUGAUCGACAUCGAGGGCGGCGAGAGCGAGGAGCCGCAGGGACAGAUGACGAAAACGAGGUCGUACGGCGAUCUCAUGCACGCUCCUGACCACGCGGCUUACCUGCACCGAAGACGCAGCGAUCCGAGUAUCUCCAUAGAAAAAAAAUUUGACAGCCUGGCGCUCGAGAACGACGCGGAUCAAAAGAGCGCGAGGAACGUGGACGACAACAAGAACGAGGCCGCGAGUGAGAGCCUGUCGGAGACGGAAACCAGGCCGAAACGAUGCGCUGCGAAUCAGACGUCGAGCGACUCGCCGGCUAAUCCGUCGGUGGACAGUUCUACCGACACCCUGAUACCCAACAACGACUCCGUGGUGCCCGCGGUGAACGGGGAGAAGGAAGUACCGCAGACGAACCCGUCGCGCGACAUCGUAUCGCCGUGGAUCGAAACCGGCACCACCGGCCGGGCCGUUUGCUCAUCGUGUAAUCGCAACCACAACGAGGGUAGUGACGUGAGUGAUACUAGCGCCCCAUUGAUAUCAAGAACUCCCAGUAGCAUAUGUCCGGCUUCUCCAACCCAUCAGGACGUUAUGCUAGAUAAUCCUGACUGGCUGGACGAUGUUGACGGUCUUCCUGUCAUAUGUUGUGACGUCCAAAUGCGAGUACAGCAAAUUAUCGUAGAGCAUAAGCUCAAGGAGGAAGCCCUGAGAAAGGAGCUGCACACGACAAGGCUGGCACUAAUAAAACAAGUUUGCAAUCACAAUGCGGAUACUGAUCGUAUCGACGACAUUGGCUCGCUACCGGACUCGGUGGGAAGUGCCGGCGAGCACGGGGAGUCGCUGCCGUCGGACAUGUCCUGGGAGGCUGUGGAAGAGCUGGGUCCCGCGCCCACCCUCUGGGUGCCCGAUCACGCGGUGACUCGGUGCAUGGGAUGCAACACGGAGUUCUGGCUCGGUAGACGUAAGCAUCACUGCAGAUGCUGCGGCAAGAUUUUCUGCGCCGACUGCUCCGAGAACUCCACCCCCCUGCCUAGCGAACAGCUCUACAAUCCCGUGAGGGUGUGCAGCGACUGCUACGCGCGGCUGCAUCAUCAUCACACGAACACCUGUCAGUGCAGCAACGCUCGUCAUCAGAACGCCAAAGUGGAGAGCGAGACGACGAAUCCCACGGAGAUGGCCGUGGUGCCGGUGACGUGCCAGAGGCCGAAGAAGCUGCCGCCCACCACGACGAAGGACACAUGCUGCGACAACCUGCUGCAAGCGGUUCAUCAGAAGGCGCAGCCGUCUGUCGCGGCGGCCACGGCCAACUGAGGGAACGAGUCCGCCGAAGGGAACGAAGGAAAGCAGCAGCCCGGCCGGGAAUGGCGACGGAUCCGCCGAUCGAUCAAUUGCCGAUCAAUGUCGGCCGGCACCGCGGCGGCACGCGUCUGCCGUCGCCGUCGGAUUUAUACAUAAUUUGUAACGGAUACACACACACACACACACCCCCACACACCCAUACACACACACACCAUACACGGCAUGCGGACUAACGCGUUUUAGGCUCUCCUGUGAGCGAGCUAAUAUAUUUAUUGCUAGAUUAAUAAUUUGUACGAACAAGUGUAUAGAGCGGGCACGGUGAAAAAAAGCGGUACGUGAACGGAGAGUCAGUAUACGAGGUUGUUGUAUAUAAUUUUAGGAGUAACUCGAGCUAAACAAAAAUUCCCGGCUUCUGAAAAACGUAGAGGGAGGAGAUGCUUCGAGUUCGAUUCGUUUCUAGGUACCUCCGCGCUUAGCACAACAGGGCAGGGUGGUAAGAGCGGUGAGGCAAGUUUCGGACAGGCUGUGAUCGACGUCUAAUCUUUCUAGACGACUACACUACGAAGCAAAGCGCUAAUUAAUUGUCAAUUGAUGAUCACGAGAUGACGAUGGCGAUCGAUUUGAAAGAAACGAACGAGAGGGCCGUGUUUCUUAUAUCUCCGCCGAUGUACGAGAGAAAUUGGGAUAUUAAAUGUCAUUAUCGCAUCGC